CUCACAGGUAUUUGUCUUGGCCGGAUUGUAUACAGUCGGCGAGAAAAAUAAAUUAGUCUAUGGAAAGUGUUGUUGUUGAACGCACGCUGUACCGCAAGCGCGUGGCGCGAAAAUUGAUUAGCUAUUCGUAAUUUUAAUCAAUAAUAAUUUAUUUUCGCGGGUGUCUGUUUACUAAUAAAUAUCUGUGUAAUAUAAGUGCUUUUUAUGAAAAUUUACGAAAGUUCAGUGAAAUCCUGGGAUUUUUUUAUUCUUUUAAUAUUAACUGGACACAGAUUACAGACGAAGCCGCGGUACGAGUGACUGUGUAUACGAUGCAAGCGACUUUGGACGUUAGUUCCUAGAGAUUAAGUUUUAAAUGGGACUGUAAGAUGAGCUGGCACAGAGGACCUUUCGUCAUUCGAGCUCAGAUCACUUAAAGAAAUGAAGAUGGUCCUACUACAUCGAAUACCCACCGUAGCUACAAUAAUACUCUUGCUGGUGUUGCAACCUGCACUAGAAGCAAAGAAAUCUAAAAAAGUGAGAUGUCCAAUAGGAUUCCAGAUAGCUUAUUCCAAUUUAAAAGGAGAUUUAAUAUGCUACCGGUUGAAGGGUCCAGAGAAACUCACAGACAAAUAUGUAGGGUGCUCCGGUAACUUAUACACAUCGAAACUGUACAACAGUUUAAACUUAACAAAGUCUGAGUUAGUAUUAUGGACAGAGUACAAAUCAUUGUACCCUGGGGGACCCUUCAUUGAUUACUCCUUCACAAAAUCAAUAGGAUCCCUUCUAGAAAGUACAUUUGAAAUUAAUAAUCCCCAACCAAGCAUUGACGAAGAGCUAUGCAUAGUGAUGGACCCCGUAAGUAACUUUACCACUGCAAGAUGUGACGAAAUGUACUAUAGAUACUGCUUAGUCCAACCAUACGAUGAACCAGACGAUAUGUCUAAAGAAGGUUGUGAAGAUUUCAAAGAUUCUUAUAGAUUUUGGUCUCCAAAAUCAACUUGUUUGUCAGCAGCCACUGCCGUUGGCGGUGGUCCGGUAAGAGCAACCUGGAAUCAGUCGAAGGAAAUAUGUGAGAAACGGGGAGGCACACUCCUGUACAACGGCUGGAGAUAUUCAAAUAAUCCAAUAUUACACGUCUUAGAAUCAUUUCCUAACUAUCCACUGGGUAUUACGUACGAUCCUCAACGUCACAUGAAUAUUGUGAGCGGAGGCACCACGGAACCACCCACCUCGUGGCACUUGGAUGAAGAUUUUAAAAUGAUGGGAGGAAAUGAAACCUCUUUUGGUGCAGUAAAGAACGAUUUGUGGCAAUUGGUUAACAGUUCUUAUAUAUUCUAUGACGUCAUAUGCGAGAAGAAUGUUGAAUUGAAAAGAGUUAAUUUAGUGGUUAGCGCGGACGAUCAAAACAAGUUAAUAUUGACUGUAACUGAUAAAGUAGACGAGGACAAUAUCUACUGCUUCACGGAUUCUGAGACAUAUUUGCCAACGUCUGUUAAAUUUAGUUCCGAUGGUGUUCACAACAAAAUGUCGACCUACGUCCUCAAGCCUAAUGGAGAUGGGUAUUAUUGGUGUGUCCACAUUGAUUCGAAACGGUACCAAGUGUCAGAGUCAAACAAAGCUCUCUGGGUGAGAGAGGAAGAAUCCCUCCGAUACAAUUAUGCCGUCAAACUUGUACUGGACAAGGAAUACACGUUUGACAAUCUAGAAAGACUGAAGAAGAAUUGGGAAAAGAAGUUAAAAGCAUACAUAUUUUAUUCAACCAAUUAUUAUAAGAUUAAUGGUGGAACUGAAGUAACUCAAGAUCCAAAGAUAUUUGAAGAUAUCUUGUUUGCUUUCAAAACUGCUUAUCCAGAUUUGAAUCCUACUAAAGAGAAAGACGUUUUUUACGGAAUGAAGUUAAAGAAAGUGUUUUUAGAUAAGAAAACUCUUUUGAUACACUUGCAACUGAAUCCAAAGAUGCUACCGGUGCAGCCAGGGACCUGGGAAGGCCUUCAAAUUGUUUACAUGAAACCUGUUUACUAUUGUAAUGCUGAUAGUCAUGAAUUUUUGGAAUCAAUAACAGUUCAAUGUCGGAUCCACACUUGUAUUGGUAACUUCAAUGAUGGCGUGCAAGUGGUGACCACGAUGGAUGAUGAAUGCAUAAUGUCUACCAAGCUGCCGACGUUGUACCGAAGCCAAGAACCUCAACAGAAUGUCACCACCCCUGUCGACGUACACAACACUACAGCCGAAUGCAGUGUAAAUUGUACCUCAAAACAUGUGGACGAGGAAACAAGCAGUUCAGAAGAAAAUACACCUUUAUUAUCAUCUACGCCUGUCCCUGAUAACUCUACAACCACAACGGAAUUUAUACCCGUUACUACUCCCGGCCACGUGACGUUUGUGACCAUGCCGUUUGAGACGAUAAGAACGGAGACGCCAAUUAUUACAACAAUGGCACCCACCACGACUACUGUGACGACUCCACCACCGCCUCCACCUCCUCCAACGACCACUCUACCAACAACGCUGGCACCUGAAGAUCAACUACAACAAGUGAUAAAUGAUUUGGAUAAUCUAAUCAAUAGUGAAUCGUCGGUGCCUGUUUCAGUCGAAGAAAUUAGUACAGCAUUCGAUCAGGUCGAUGAACUGCUAGCAGAGAAUCUAGAACUGAACAUACCAGGAGAACUGCUGCAUCUUCUGGAUGGGAUUGGAACCAGGCUGGACUUGGCUGGAUCAGUGAACGCGACCACUAUCAGGGACAAUAUAGCCUUGGUGGUGGCUCAAGCUGAUUCUGAACAACCAGUUAAGGGUCUUAGGAUUGCUGCAAGAGAAACCGAUAACUUCACUAGCGAUACUUUUGAGAUUAUCCGAGAUCGAGUUGACUCGUCGAAUCUUCAAGCGGACAACAGUGAGGUGGUUGUGAAGCUGCCAGACUCAGUCAGCGCGACAUCUCGUCGUAUUAGCUUCGUGGUGUUCCGCAAUGACCGCGCCUUCCACGCGGCGCCCACCAACGAGUACCGCGUUAACAGCAGAGUGCUCAGCAUCAAUGUUGAGAAUGUCACCGAGUUUGAGCGUGGAGAGACUGUGGAUCUGCACUUCAGUUCCCUGACUGGCAGCCCCGAGAGGAAUGCAAGUCGUUCGUGUGCAUACUGGGUGUUUGCAGAAAAUGGCAAGGGGUACUGGUCACAGAAGGGCUGCACCUUCAUCCGCGCCUCGCGACGUGGGAUGCUGGAUACGUGUCGCUGCACUCAUCUCACCCAUUUCGCCGAAGUACUCAUACCGAGGGAGGUCUUCUCCGAGGCUCACGAACAAGCCCUCGAAAUCAUUUCUGUCGUAGGCUGCUGUCUGUCCAUGCUAGGUGUCAUUCUCGUUGGUAUCACUGCAGUUCUCUUCAGGUCUUGGCGACGAGACUUCAACAAUAAGAUAUGGCUGCAGCUCUGCAUUGCCAUACUACUUUUGAUCACCUGUUUCUUAAUCGCAGUGUUUGUAAAAUUCGAUAACUACGGCUUCGCUUGCGUGCUGGUGGGAGUGCUGAUGCACUAUUCUUUAUUAUCAUCCUUCUGCUGGAUGUUAGUGGCGGCCAUCAUAUCGUACAGGAGACUAGUGAUGGUGUUCACUCGCGACGCCUCCCACAAGUUGCUGCGAGCCUCUGCCUUCUCGUGGGGAGCUCCUUGUGCUAUUGUCGGCAUCCUUCUUUCAGUCGACCCGCGCUCUUACGCGGGACGCUUCGUAGAGAAAACCCCGACAGGAGCUUUCUGCUAUCCUUCUGGCCUCAGUCUCUGGUUGGCCGUGUAUGCUCCCAUCGCGGUCAUGCUGCUCGCGAACUGGACACUAUUCAUACUGAUAGUUCGCUCCGUGUUUGCUUCUAGAAGGAUCCAGAGGCACGGCGACUCUAAUGAAGCCUUGCGCUGUGCCUCGGUUAGUUGUUUACUCGUGUUUAUGUUCGGACUGCCCUGGGUGUUUGGUUUGUUUGCAUACAAUUUAGUAUUAGCUUACUUAUUUGCUUUAACAGCUACUUUCCAAGGGUUCGUGUUGUUCAUGUUCUUUGUUGUCGGAAACAAAAAGACGCGCGAUCUUUGGUUUAACAAGUUGAGGAUCAAGCAGACUCGCAAGAUCCCGGUUACCUCGUCUACGUAUACGAACAGGAGCACGGCUCCUGGUGCACGAGGUGCCCCUCAAACAUCUGUUGAGGCGAAAGUUUCCAAGCCCAAGUCUUUAGCGAGUUCAGACGACUCCAGAUUUUCUUGACGAAAGCAAGUCAGGUCCUUCCAAACGGGCCGCUCGAGAAAAAGGUCUGGUUACAUUCUUCCCAGAAUAAUAAGUAAUGAUUUUUAGGACCCACUCGGAUGGGUUUGGCGAUAUCCUUCUUUAACUUUUGGGAAUAUGCAUUUACAUUCCAGGAGUUUUGCUUGUCUUUAAACUUUGAUCAGAGUUCCUCUUGCAUGGGUUGUUAAUAUAGCAUUACAGGGCAGUAAUUGGAUGGUUUGAACUAUGUAGCAUGGAGUUGCCUAGUAUUUAAACUAUUGGAGAAGAUUUGGAGGCGAGAUUCAAGAGAGUUAUGCAGUAUACGUGAGUUUCUGUUAUUAUUUGCCAAGACUUUGCCACAACUGUUACUAUCUACUAAUUAUUUUGUACGAUUUAAUUGUAGUAGAUGAUAUUCUCCUGUUAUUUAAUUGUAUUUAAAUAAUUAUAUAGUAAAUACGAGCAGUUUAAUUAGUAGAUAUUUAUUUGUAAGUUUGUAAGUUCUUUUAUAGAAAUUACUUAAAUUGUAAUUGUAAAAACUAUUUAUUUUAGACUGUUACAAUUAUCAUGGAUUCAUUUAUCGUAGUCGUUUCAUUAAGAAUCAUUAAGGAAAUCUUAGCCAAAGUGUAUUAUUAAAUUGUAUUAGUAAACUUCACAAGCAUGAGCCUGCUAGACACGGGACUAUGUAUCGUCAGGUUAAUCUUAAGAUGAAGAAGAACUUAGAAUAUAACUUAUUUAUUCCAAAAUCCGACGAUGUCAGUAUUACAGUGUGUGGCAGUGUUCAUGUAUCACUUUCUAGUCUGUGUCUAAAAUACGUUCUUUCACUAUUUUUAUAUUCCUAAAAAAGAUUCCUUGUAUGUUGUAGAGAAUUUAGUUUAUCGGACGCAAAGGUAAGCAUCAAAGAUAGUUACCAAAUAUUUAAUAAUAAUUUGCUAGUUUGAUAUUUCUAGUAGAUGUAUUGUAAUAUAGAACUUAAGACAUUAAAUAUUAUACACACAAGUUAUGGGUGGCAAAAACUGACUAGAGCGCCCCUGCUGGCUGUUUGUGAAACUAAACUCGAAGAAAAUCCUAAAAUAUUCGCAGAAUUAUAUAAGUAAUGGCUUAGUAGCCAAAAGAUAAUUUUGGAGUUUUGUUUUAGUCAAAGAUAAAGUUGCCUUUAUCUAUAAUAAAGGAACAUAUUUUAUUUUUGAUUUAACUAAUAACUAAUACGGGCUCAC